AUGACACUGAUCCAAGAAGUACGUGGACACAAUACCAGCCUUCCUACGGAGGACGUCCGUCCGAUUCUCAAUGCCCAAGGCCGUCACAAGCUUCUAUCAUUUGGUCGCGCUGAGGGCGAACCAGGCUCCGCUGUACGAGACCGUCAGCUCGAAGCCUUUUGGCAACGCAACAUACCAGAACUGCACAAAAUGGUCUCACACGAUGACAGUCAGAAGGCUGAGUGGAAGGCUCAACUCAGCGACCUACCAGCCGGGCAGUACUUCUUGCUCGAGGUCUUGAGUACUAUGCCUCCGCAAGACUUCCGCAGAAUGUUCUCCAAAGAGCGUUCAGAAGCCAUCCUCAACUGCGCGUUGUGGUUCCACCGGCCAGCAAAGAUCGACGGCGGACUGAAGAGAUCGUGGUUCAUUAUCCAGACAACUUCUGCUCAGCUUACGACAUGCAAGGUCGUCCUUGUCUUUCCUCGCCAGAUCCGCCAGAGUGUCACUCAAGAUGCGAGCGUUCUGAAGGACCGCAUGGCUGCUGGAGAGGGUGGUCAAAACCUCGUCGAUCUUUGGAAAGCUGUGCUCAAAGCUCAUGACCAGGCCGUUCCAGCAGUCGUAGUACAGACUGCCGACGCCAACGCUAAGGACUGGAGUCAUCUAUCAGGCGUUGGUGUCGAUCUACUCACCGGCUAUGCUCGCUCAGAGAGUCCGAAGCAGAACCGCGCACCGCAGGAGAAUGACAUGAUCUACUUGCUCGACGAGAUCAUCAAGCAGAGAUUCCCGAAUGGCGGUGUCUUUCGCAGCUCGGACCCUGCUAGAUAUCCAGACUCUACCGCAGACUUGCAGGCAUUUUUCCAGUUCAUCGAGACUCCUGAGUGGCGCAACCACCCCUGCACUCCAGAGUGGUGA